AUGACCAUGAGGCGUUUGGUGCUGCCAGCAGCCGUUUUACUGCUGCUGUUGAUGACGGCGUCGGGAGGUUUUUGCCAGGACGUUGAUGAGGCCACUGAGUCCAGCAGCCCGCCUUCUGGAGGAGCCCCUCCUGAAGACGAAUCCUCUGUCGUGGGCAUUACCACCACAGCAGUGGAUGUGUCGGGCGAGCUCCUGUUCCUAGACACCCAGUCGCAGAGCACAGGUCGAUGGGCCAUCCACAAGGGGGAUGGCUCCCUGGUACCCAUUGCGUUUGGAUACGAGCCGCCCAAAACAGACGAGCUUGGACAGGCCGUCAUGCUUGGAGCGCUGGUGACUAUUUCUUGUGAGAUCGACAUCUUUGGCGUCUGCAACCCAGCUGCUGGGGAGAGCACCCUCAUCUUAUCCCCACAGCCCCUGCUCUUGCCAGACACUGGAACGAUCUACCAGCGCUUGCUUGUGGUCAUUAUCGAUUACUCUGAUUGCGGUCUGCCUGCAUCACUAAACGAAACAGCUGCACGUUCGAUGUUCCUGGGGCCCAAGGGUGACGGCAGUGGUGGUGUCGCAUGGAGAUACACAAAGUGCUCAUAUGGAAAGUUUAACUUGAAUGUCACGGCAUUCAAUGUGGUCACCGUCAAAGGCAGCUGCGCAGGAGGUUUGCCGGGUGCAGCACAAUAUGGCCGCUUGUGGGACGACGCCUCCACUGCCACGGGCUCUGGUGAUGCCUGCCCCAGCGCCGCCGAAUUGGCCUACCUUGGCUGGGCCACACCCGCACCAGGCGGUGAUCGUAUUGACUCAAAAGCGCUGCCUGUAGGCACUGCUCUUAGCUUUGAACUGCCCGCCACCUACCUAACCCCCGAUGGAAACUACCUUCGAGUCGUCCCUGACUGGCUGCCAUCUUAUCGCAAUAUAUCCGUAGCCAAGAAUCUAUACAUCGCCCUUCGCGCCAGGAAGGGUGGCGACGAUUCACUGUCGUUGAUGUACGCCAACAAAGUGAAUGUUCACGAGCUCGAGGUGUUCAUGGAGAACAAUCCAGGGGCAUUCAUGGGUGUUGGCCACAAUAUUAACUUAAUCGCCAUCACCCCACCACUCACUCAGACAAACCUGACAGACUACAGACUUGUCGUGUAUGGUGGAUUAUGGGUGGACUCCGACAUCCUCAGGGUGUACCUCUGCCGUUAUGAGGCAUCUCCCAAAGAAUGCCCCUCCCUAGCGUCACUCUUUGUACAGCGGCCAUCACCACCGCCCCAGGGAAAGCGUCGGAACCCAGUAACGGCCGGCCCGGCCCCCGCCAGCACCGUCAACAGCGUUGCUGAAUCAGGGCCGGUGACGGUGUCUGGCGAGCUCAUCUUCGUGAACACCCACUUUUUGCAAAGUGCACAGUGGGCCAUCCGCCAGGACAACGGUUCACUGGUGCCUAUCGCAGUCGGCGUUGAACCCCCCGUGACAGAUGAUCCCGGACAGACCCUGCUGGCAGGAGCGCUGGUGACUAUCUCGUGUAUUAUCGAUGCUCUUGGCAACUGCAAGCCCGUGCCAAGCUCCAGGACUGUCGUCUUGUCGGCGCAGCCCUCUUUCUUGCCUGACAAUCAAGUGAUAUACCAGCGGAUGCUCGUCAUAGUUCUAGAUUACUCCACCUGUGGUCAACCCGCCACAAUCAACGGGACAACUCUGCGCUCAAUCUUCCUGGGACCAAAUGGCGACGGCAGCGGCGGCGCCGCAGAGAAGUACAGACAAUGCUCGUAUGGCAAGCUCAACCUGAACACCACAGCGUUUAAAGUGAUAACCGUGAAUGCUGACUGUGCAGACGGGGUCUUGCAAACUUGCAGCUGGGUUUUAGCUUAUAGGACUGGUGACGCUUUGGCGAAGGCGCUGUUGGGGGAGAAAGCAUUUUCAGAAUUUACCCAUAUCACAUACAUAAUGCCGCUACGAGCGCCUUGCCCGUGGGCGGGUAUGGGGCUGCGACCUGGGAACAAGAUGUGGCUAACGGUCGGACGCUAUGGAGUGUACAGUUUGGCCACAAUCAUGCAAGAGAUUAUCCAUGGCUACGGUGGCAACCGCAUCGACUCAAAAACACUGCGACCAGGCACCAGCCUUACUUUUAGUCUACCCGCCACCUACCUAUCCCCGGAAGGUAACUACCUCCGGGUCGUCCCCGACUGGUUGCCAUCGUAUAGUGACAGCUUUAACUCCAAGAACUUGUACAUCGCCGUCCGAGUCAACAAGGGUGGCGAUGCUCUGCUGGACAAGAACCUGUAUGCAAACAGGGUGCAUAUCCACGAAGUUAAUGCGACAAUGCCAACGGGCGGCGAUGUAAGGUCGGCCAGUAGCUGA